ACCUGUGUCGGGUGUAGCUGUCACACCUGUCCUCACCACAAGGCCAGUGUGUUGUAGGCCUUAGAGCCGACCCGAAUGGCUGAGACCAUCAGCGUAGGUGGGGGAAGCCGGAGGCCUGCUCCCUGUGUCCCUGCAUUGGGCGCUGGCUUCCUGCCACGGAGCCCCGGAGCUGACACGGGCCCGCCCUCGGGGCAUGGCCCUCAUGCUCGGGCCUGACCCAGUGACUCCCCUAACCCAGCACCUGCCGGGGUUGGGCGGGCGACCCGGCUCACCUGCUCCCACAGCCAGGAGGGCCCAGCACCGCCGGCCUGCAGCCCAGGCCUGCUGCCGUGGCCAGGAGGGCCCGCGAGGGCUGCAGGCCAGGCCCCAUGGGGCCCGUCUCGGUGCUGGGUGGUCCUGCCUGCAGGACGACCUUUCCACUUUGGAGCCAGAAACGUUUCCAGAGAUCCCCAGUUGCUGUGAGUUUGUGGCCUCACAGCUUCCCCGGCUGCUGCCUCUAACCCGCAGGGCCGGGUCCCGAGGCCCGGGGCCCCGCGGAGACCUCCCUGGGCCGCGGUGUGGCCGGCACGGCCUGUCCCUGAGCAGCUCUCCCCGCCCUAGGCAAGUACUGGCGCUGCCUGCAGCGCACACCCUCCACGGUGGGGCACUCCCUGGUCGAGGCGCAGAAGUGCGAGAACGAGGAGGCCGAGACGGUCACCGCCAUGGCCUCGCUCUCCGUGGGCGUGAAGCCCAGCGAGAAGAGGCCGGAGGAGGAGCCCAUGGAGGAGGAGCCGCCCCUGUAGCCUCUCCCGGAGCCGCCGGUCUCCUGUUUGUCCGUCUCUGUCUUGAAGCUCAGCCGAGAAACUUUCCCGAGCGGCGCCUGAGUCCCGCCCCGCGUGCUCUCGGAGCGCCCAGGGACGCCAGCCCGCAGCAGCGACGGGAAGCCUUUCUGCCGACGGAGCCCGGGCUCCAGACGCACACGCUCACCCCGGCGUGGCAGCCGCGGGACAGACGCCGGCGCCGCGUGCACACGCACAGCCGCGGGAGCCAAGCACACUCGGCGGUCCCGGGAUGCCGCGAAGACAGCGGCCUGCGGCGGUCGCCGAAUCCAGGUGACACGAGGACAAGAAAAUGAGAAUCAAAGAUCUAACGACACACACACACAAAAAAAACUCGAUUAAAACUGGUGCUUAACGUUUGAUUAUUACCCACAAUUUCACAGUCUCCGUGUAAACCACUCAACUCAUCUUGUAGCUUAUUUUUCUUCAAAGAGAACGUUUUCUUCGGCUCCGGCCUUCCCCCGCGAGCCAGCGGCGUGCGGCGGGGUCUGCGGCAGGUGGGGGCCGGAGUGGACGGACCUUCCACGGAAGCGAAACCGGACAGAAGCAGGAGCGCGAGCCUGGGGGAGGGUUGAGUUUCUCGAAGCCAUCGGAAGAUGCAAGUUUGUGCCUUUAUUUUUAUUGCUCUGGUGGAUUUUUGUGGCUGGGUUUUCUGGGGUCCGAGGAACGAUGCCUUAAGAAACUACAGAGAGCGGGGUCGGUGGACGGCCCCCCCGUGGCCGGGGGAGCGAGGCGGUGCCCCGGGGCUCCUCCUGCGCCCGGUCGCUCGUUGCGGAAGUGGAGGUGGUUCCAAAAAAGUGGCAGAUACUGUUGGGGUUUUGAAGUCCAACAAAAUUUUAAACGAAUCCAAAGUGUUCUUUUUCUCACGCGUCACGUAGCGACCGAUCGUGUCCAUUUGGUUGUCAGCAUGCCCCAGGCACUUGCAGUGUUAGGGUCGGAAUGCUUUUUAUGAAAAGCAAGUAGCAUGAAGUAUUGCUUAAAUUUUAGGUAUAAAUAAAUAUAUAUAUGUAUAAUAUAUAUUCCAAUGUAUUCCAAGCUAAGAAACUUGAUUCUUAACGAAAUCUUGAUAAAAUAUUUAUAAUGCAUUUAUAGAAAAAGUAUAUAUAAAUAUAUAUAUAUAUAUAUAAAAUAAAUGCAGAUCCUGGAGGUCCCUUACAAACGGAUGACUUGUGAACCAGCCCUCAAGGUGCUCAUGGAAAGGGGUCGUGAUGGAGACUCGUGUCUUUUCGGGCUCCAGAUUGGCUAGAGCUUUCAGAUCGCCAACACAUUCGCCACUGGGCAACUACCCUGCAAGUUUGUACUUUGAUUUCAAUUAUUUUCUAGCAGAAGCCCCUUCCCUCUCCAAGCCUCCAUGCACAUAUGUACCUAAUGAGUUUUUAUAGCAAAGAAUAUAAAUUUGCUGUUGAUUUUUGUAUGAAUUUUUUCACAAAAAGAUCCUGAAUAAGCAUUGUUUUGUGAA